CUUUGUGUGGUGCCCAGAUAGGGGAGCGGAGGUGGCGGGAGUGGCGGCCUCGGUUGUCUCGGUCUCCUCGGCUCGCCCUCUAGCCGGCACCUCUCCCCUCCCUCCCCCUUCCUCUUCUCCUUCCUUCCCUCCCCUUCCCUUUUCCCUUCCCCGCCGGUGGCCGGCGGUGGCGGCUCCAGCGGAGGCUGGGCCCAAGCUGUGUUAGAGGCCUCGGCGAAAGGUAGCGGCGACGGCGAAGCCUCGGAGCUCGCAGGGCGGGGGCAAGGCCCGGGCCGUGGAGAUGGAGAAUUCGCAGCUGUGCAAGCUGUUCAUCGGCGGGCUCAACGUGCAGACGAGUGAGUCGGGCCUGCGCGGCCACUUCGAGGCCUUCGGGACUCUGACGGACUGCGUGGUGGUGGUGAACCCCCAGACCAAGCGCUCGCGCUGCUUCGGCUUCGUGACCUACUCCAAUGUGGAGGAGGCCGACGCCGCCAUGGCCGCCUCGCCCCACGCCGUGGACGGCAACACCGUGGAGCUGAAGCGGGCGGUGUCCCGGGAGGAUUCGGCGCGGCCCGGGGCCCACGCCAAGGUGAAGAAGCUCUUUGUCGGGGGCCUAAAGGGAGACGUGGCCGAGGGCGACCUGAUCGAGCACUUCUCGCAGUUCGGCACGGUGGAGAAGGCCGAGAUCAUCGCCGACAAGCAGUCGGGCAAGAAGCGCGGCUUCGGCUUCGUGUAUUUCCAGAACCACGACGCGGCGGAUAAGGCCGCGGUGGUCAAGUUCCAUCCGAUCCAGGGCCACCGCGUCGAGGUGAAGAAGGCGGUCCCCAAGGAAGAUAUCCACGCCGGCGGGGGCGGCGGCGGCGGCUCCCGGUCCUCCCGGGGCGGCCGCGGCGGCCGGGGUCGCGGCGGCGGCCGAGAUCAGAACGGCCUGUCCAAGGGCGGCGGUGGCGGUUACAACAGCUACGGCGGCUACGGCGGCGGCGGCGGCGGCGGCUACAAUGCCUACGGAGGCGGCGGCGGCGGCUCGUCGUACGGUGGCAGCGACUACGGUAACGGUUUCGGCGGCUUCGGCAGCUACAGCCAGCAUCAGUCCUCGUACGGGCCAAUGAAGAGCGGCGGCGGCGGAGGCAGCAGCUGGGGCGGUCGCAGUAACAGUGGACCUUACAGAGGCGGCUACGGCGGUGGGGGUGGCUACGGAGGCAGCUCCUUCUAAAAGAUAUGAAAAUGCCUGGGAGUGGCUAUUCUAGGGGUAGCUCUUUUCAACAGCCCAAGUGGGGUCAACUCCUAAAUCCCCUCUCCCUCCCACCACCUUCCUCAUACUGCCCUUGGGGGAGCCGCUGGUAAGGCUGCUUGCCCUGGGGGUGUUCCCCUAUUUGCCUGCCACCUCUCUUGUCUCCUUCUGAAGAUGGACUCGGCCCCACAUACACAUUUUGUGUUACAGUCAUUGAUGGACUCUAUUUUUUUAUUAUUACUUGGACCUUGGUCGUUUUUAUACUAGCAAAAUGUCUUGUUUUAAUUUGUGUUUUUUGGCGGGGAGGGAGUGAACUUGCUGAUUGUAGCAAAACCUGGGCGGGGGUGGGGGGGUAGUUUACUUUGUUGUAAGUACUUGAUAACUGGCUACAGCAUUUUUUACGAAACCUACUUGGAUUCCAUGCCUGAAAUUUGGAAGCAUAUGUACAAAAAUCAUUUUUACGUUUUAUUUUUAAUAAAUCAUUGUGUUUGACCGUACAUGUCUAACAUUUUUUUCUUAGGACCCAUUCCAUACCAUCUUAGGGUUAUUAGUUGAAGAUAUUUACUGUUAAAUCUUGCUGUGUACUUUGAGAAACUUAAGAGGUCCUGUGAGUUUAUUUUUCCUUUUUCUUGUCUUAGUGACAUGUUAAUUUUUAACCAUUACAGGUAAAAAUUUUAAAGUGGUGGAUGUGGCUUUAAAAAUUCUAAGUUUCUGUGCAUCCAUCUCUUGUAUGUACUAAGCAAUUUAUCAUCUUGACAUGGUUGGGCAUUUUUUUCUAUGAGAAUUUACUUAAAUAUGUACUGUGUAGUUUAAAAAAAUAGUUUGUUAAGCAUGUGUUUUCAUUCUUAUAAACUGUUUAAAAAUUCUCAGAUGGCCUACUUUAUUCCUUAUUGGUUUGUCUGUACUGGUCACAAAUAAGGGUUAUAUUUUGCCCUCAAAUGCAUUUUUGUACUUCCAGAGCAGGUUUAAAACAUUUUUUUCCUGUAUCUGAACUGUUAUCCUCAUGGAAGUCCAACCUUUGUAGCACCGUCUACUGGCAGAAGGGCAGUAUAGCUGAAGGCAGUUGGUUUAAAAUUGUUUAGGACAGUUGCAUCAGAUUUAGAAGUUUGCCAUGGAAGAUCUGUGCAAACUUGAAAGUUACACAUUUGCUUGUAACUGAAAUGGGCCUCACAAGGAUAUAGCUAUUACAUUUGCCCUUCAUGAGAAUUGAAAAUGUAAAUUGCUAUGCAUAGCUUGGCUAAUGGCCCCAAAUUGCUAUGACACCUAGUGAACCAGCUAUGUAUGAUAACUUAGGUGCAAGUUGUAAAGCGAAAUAUCUGUAUUCUGCUUGGUUAAACAUGUAUAUUUGUAGCCCUUUCACGCAAUAGAAUUCAAGUUGUUGUUUAUAAAAAACUGAUAUUAGGGGAAAUUUUCCUUCUUGGAUAGAUAUAUAGAAUAGCAACGUUUAUGGAUAUUACAAAUAAAGAAUUCAAUUAUUUA